UGUGGGAAAAAGGCUUAGUUCUUGAGGUGUUUGGGUGGGAGUGAGCAGUAAUAGUGAAGAUGGCUUCCCAAGUGUGUCAGAACUACCACAAGGACUGUGAGGAUGCUGUUAACAAGCAGAUCAACUUGGAGCUCUAUUCCUCCUAUGUUUACGUCUCCAUGUUCUCUCACUUUGACCGGGAUGAUGUUGCCCUGCGUCACUUUGCUGAGUUCUUCAAGGAGCAGUCUCACGAGGAACGGGAACACGCUGAGAAACUGAUGGCAUUCCAGAAUAAACGUGGAGGCCGGGUCCUCCUGCAGGACAUCAAGAAGCCAGAGCAAGAUGAGUGGGGCAAUCCUCUGGAGGCAAUGCAGAGAGCUCUGCAGAUGGAGAAGGAUGUGAACCAGAGUCUGCUGGAUCUGCACAAACUCUCCUCUGGCAACACGGACUCUCUCGUGAGUUCCUGA